GACAAACUUAGAAAAGGGAAGUUCUGCUCUCAAAAAUAUUUUUGUAAUGCUCUUGGGUUAGCCGGCCCGCCGACUUUAAUUUUUUCUUAACCGGAUUUUCAUGUGAGCCACCAUGCCAGACGCCGGACCAAAUAGGCGCUCCUGCCCUAAACCGUCUUCGACAUCCUCUCCCUCACCCCGGUCCCCACUGGUUUCGCUCAAAGCCUUCGUCUUCCAUUAGAGCUACCUGAGAAGGAAAAGACGGACCAGCGGCAUGUGAGGAAGAAGAGAAGCUCCUGAGACUUGCGGAUUUAAGUUAUAAUGGUGUUUUGCACUGUUUGGAAGGAUUUAGCCUAGAUCCUGCCUAAACUCUGCUGUGAAACUGCCCCUAGUUUUUUAUUUUUUUUUUGAUAGAAGGUAAUGGCGGGACAAUCCGAUCCUCAUCUUUCAAUCUUUUCUGCCCCAGAGGUUGAGUUUUUGGCUGAGGACGAACUUGUUGAGAUAAUCCCGAAUAUAAGGAUGGAUGCUCUGAACAUGAUCUGUGGUGAUUUCGGUCCUUUCUUUCCACAAAUUUCUGCCAAGGUUCCAAUAUGGCUUGCAGUUGCUCUUAAGAAGCGUGGAAAAUGCUCUGUUAGGCCGCCGGAAUGGAUGUCUGUUGAGAGGUUGACACAUGUGUUGGAAGGAGAAAGAGAGUCCCCACGAGAAUUUCAACAGUUGCCUUUUCAUUAUGUUGAAAUAUCAAAGAUUUUGCUUGAAAAAGCUCAUGAUGACAUACCAGAUAUAUAUAUGGUUAGAUCUUUGAUCGAGGACAUUAGGGAUGUGCGAUUUCAUAAAGUUGAGAUAGGUUUGGAGAAGAUCUCUGGUCGAACACAUGCGGUGAAGCUUAAAAAUCUCUCUGCUAUGGAAGUGAACAUCGUUCGUCCAUUUAUGGUGAGGGCGCUGCAAGCUUUCUAUAAGCACGAUAGCCCAGAAAUGAUUCAACAACCAGAAUCAACAUUGAACAGGACUCGAGUUGAAGACCGCGGUCCAAGGAGAGAUUUGAGACCCCGCUAGCUGCCUUGACAAACUCUGAAUUUAUCAUCAAAUGUCUUUCAUGCCUAUGGCGUUUACCUGAUGUUAGAUAGCUGUCCAUGAG